AUGCUGCUGCAGUACCAGCGGGCCGCGCACCGAGCGCUGACGGGCCGACGCCUCGUCCUUCGCCCGCGCCUCCAUGGCGCGUGGGCCCACGCUGCCGGCCUCGCGACAGACGCCAAGUCCAAGGAGCAGACGCCGGUCCCCGUGACGUCCAAAGAGAUUGUCACGUCGCUCGCGGGGUACCUCUGGCCGGAAGGCAACGGCGCCGAGGCGCGCGCCGUCAAGGGCCGCGUCGCGCUCUCGCUGGGCAUGCUCGUGUCGGCCAAGCUCAUCAACAUCCAGGUGCCGUUCCUCUUCAAGGAGCUCGUGGAUGUCAUGGGCACGACGUCGCCCGAGGUCGCCGCGGCGCUGCCCGUGAGUCUCGUGCUCGGCUACGGCCUUGGCCGCUUCUCGGCCAACGCGUUCCAGGAGCUGCGCAAUGCGAUCUUUGCCAAGGUCGCCCAAGGCACGAUCCGCCAAGUCGCGCGCAACGUCUUCGAGCACCUCCACGGCCUCGACCUCAAGUUCCACCUCGAUCGCCAGACCGGCGCCUUGUCGCGGACGAUUGACCGCGGGUCGCGCUCGAUCGACUUUGUCUUGCGCUCGAUGCUCUUCAACGUCGCGCCGACCGCGCUUGAGAUUGGUCUUGUGAGCAGCAUCAUGGCGUACCAGUUUGGCUGGGAGUACGCGGCCGUGACGCUUGGAACGCUCACGGCGUACACGGGCUUCACCGUCGGCGUGACGCAGUGGCGCACCGAGAUCCGCCGGCGCAUGAACAAGCUCGAGAACGAGGCCGGCGGGAAGGUCAUUGACUCGCUCAUGAACUACGAGACGGUCAAGUACUUCAACAACGAAAAGCACGAAGCCGACCGGUACGACGUCGUUUUGCGCAACUACCAGGACGCGUCGCUCAAGACGCAGACGUCGCUGUCGUUCCUGAACGCGGGCCAGAACGCUAUCUUCUCGGCGGGCCUCACUGCGAUCAUGUACAUGGCGGCGCAAGGCAUCGUUGACGGCACGCUCACGGUCGGCGACCUCGUGCUCGUGAACGGCCUCCUCUUCCAGCUCUCGAUCCCGCUCAACUUUAUCGGCUCCGUGUACCGCGAAGUGCGCCAGGCGGUCAUUGACAUGGAGGCCAUGUUCGCCCUCCGCGCGGUCCAGCCCAAGAUCCUUCCGGGCGCCUCGAUGUUUGAGAAUCUCACGUCGCCCAAGGAGAUUACAUUCGAAAACGUCCACUUUGCCUACCGCGAGGACCGGCCGAUCCUCAACGGCACGUCGUUUGGCGUCGUUGCCGGCAAGACGACUGCGAUCGUCGGCUCGAGCGGCUCGGGCAAGUCGACGAUCCUGCGCCUCUUGUACCGUUUCUACGAUGUGCAGAGCGGCACGAUCCGCAUCGACGGCCACGAUAUCCGCGAGAUGGACAUGGACGGCCUCCGGCGCGCGAUCGCCGUUGUGCCCCAGGACACGCAAGUGAUCCAAGCGGCCAAGGUCGCGCAGAUCCACGACGCGAUCGAGCGAUUUCCCGAAGGCUACGAGACCAAGGUCGGCGAGCGCGGCUUGAAGCUCAGCGGCGGCGAGAAGCAGCGCGUUGCGAUCGCGCGGGCGAUGCUCAAGAACGCGCCGAUUCUUCUGUUUGACGAAGCCACGAGCGCGCUCGACUCGGAGACCGAGUACGAGAUCGUGCGCGAGUUCAAGGCCAUUGGCCUCAACAAGACGACGGUCAUCAUCGCGCAUCGCCUCUCGACAAUCCAAGACUCGGACGAGAUUCUCGUCAUGGACGCCGGCCGCGUCGUCGAGCGGGGCACCCACGUCGAGCUCCUCGCCAAGGAAGGCAAGUACGCAGAGAUGUGGCACCGCCAGCAGCAAGGCCACACGACGCUGUAA